AAUAGAGUGCUCUUAUCCCUGUAAUAUGAAGUGCAUCUACGAUUUACACCGGCGAUUUACGACAUGAGACUAGAAUAAAUGCUUGAAGAUUAAGUUCUAGAAGUUUUCAUAUUCCAGUAACAGAUCUAGUUGGUACUUUGGAACAGCUGACAAGUUCCUUUCUCGCAGCAAGUGAGUUUCUCCGAGCUAAUUCCCAGUUGACGUUAUUUAUAGGCCUCUCAACGAGUUCGGAGCGGCAAAACCCGUUGUCACAGAGUGUAGGAGGAAUGAGUUUUUGCAAAUGUAAUGUGUUUGCAUUCAUCAUGAAAGAACAAAGCCUGCGUGUGGAAUUCUUGCUAGACCGGGGUAAGACAUAAUUUUGGCUAACGGGUGACAAAUGGCUAAACAUUUCAAUGAGGCCAUGUUAAGAAUUUUCGGGAUACGGGAUGUUAAGGUUAAUAUUUAACUGGAUACAGGAUAUUUGGGGAAACAUUUAUGGGAUUAGGGAUAGAUCAGAUGAGAAGGGAUAUCGAGUGGAAAAAUUGUUCAUUUUAGUUAACGGAAUAGAGGAUAUUUAGGACAAAAAAACGGGGUUUGGGGUACCAUUCACCUUUCCAUCUGGAUCUCUUUGACUGACGAAAGUGUUAACCUGGCCUUCUUUAUUGAAAACUACCGAUAAUUGGCCGAAAUCGUCUAGUUGAUUAAUCUUGCUGGUGUUCAACUUCAACAUUUUUAUAGACAACGACAACCGACAAACAGAUGGGCCAUUAUUUACUACAAGAAAUUUUCUCAUUGAACUUCUUCACCGCACAGCUCCGCUUCAGUGGAAUACGAGAGAUUAACCUUGGUGCUUUAACAUAACCGCGGGAAUAUUUAUUGCUUUAAUUUAAAGUAAAGCAAAAUUUGAUCCUUUGUGUGUUUUCCCUAUCUUAUUGCCCAACAGCCGAAACGAUAUUGACUUAUCGACAUUUUUGGCGAGUCAUGUACGUACAGUGACAAAAAGUUUAAUUGUAUGAGGCCAAGCCGAGUGCAUUUAAAACACUGGCUCGAUUGAUACCUCAGUUCGCCGUAUCUUAUACAACAAUUAACGUCUUCAUCCUUCUCACAAGAGGCAAACGCUUCGAAAUCGUUUAAUAAUGCAUUAUACCAGUUAUAGAUUUGUUUUCUUCACAAGCGAAUUAACUGAUGUAAUCCAUCUCCAGAUUCUGCCCGAACUGAGCAAAAAACGUUUGCCGCCUCUUCUGAAACUCGUGUUUGCUAUUUUGUUGCCGCAAAGCUCGGCAUAAAUCGGCUUUAAUCCCCUCAUGGAUGGUAGCUGGUCAACAAUAUCUUUAGUAAUAGUGUGGGUUUGCUGUUUACAUGAAAUCCAGGGAGCCCCAAAUCCCAGCUCAUCCAAGAGCGCUGAACCACCGGGUGCUAUGAAAGUGCACAAUCUCAUUGUGUGUGAAGGUCAGAAGGCAUUUGUGUCAUGUCCGAGCAUUUUCGAUGAAAUAACUGUGGUGGAAACGAUGUACGGUCGCAAAGAUCCCUCCAUCUGCGUGCAUCCAAGCAUUCCAUCAAGCACAAUGUGCCAGGAACAAGAAACACAGAUCAAUGCUCAGAUCAGAGGACUGUGUGAAGGAGAACACACUUGUGAAGUGGCAGCAAACAAUGACUUACUGGCUAAGGCUGGAACAACAAUCUGCCCCAAUGUGUACAAAUACUUGGACAUUAAAUUCAGGUGCACGCCACGAACAUAUUAUCCAAAUGUAGACAGCGGCUCAGAAAGCAGCCAAUCAGUUAAUGAAGUCAUAACUGGUGGCGCUGUAGGAAUGGGUUCAUCUUCCUCAGUUUCCACUGCUACGUCUUCAUCGUCGUCUUCCACUUCUGUACCGGAAAUUACUGUUCAAGAACACGAAAAUACUCAACCUGUCACUACUGCUACCUCACAAGCAUCCGUUACUCCAAUUGAUACUCAUAAUGGCUCAACACCCGGAAAUGACAUCACUGAGGAAUUCACCCAACCGGAGGGCGCAACGGACGUCAUAACAGAGACGUUUCCGGCAAGCACAGCGCCAUCACAGCAGGCGGAAGUAAACGAAACGUUUAAAAAGUCUGAGACUCCUGUGCGACCAGAAGGAUCUGGAGACGAACCGAGCGGAGACGAGAGUGCCUCUGGGUAUGGGAGCGAAUUGCUGCAACAACGGGACGUUGUGUAUGAUGAGGGCAAGAGAUGAACUGGGGACGAGAUUGUUUUCUCCUAACUGGGAGAUUGCCUGAAUAAACCCUUUGAAAACGUAACAGGCUGAAGUAACCUGUCUCUAAAGGGAUUUAAAAAAUCAUUUUCAUGCUGACAGCUCUUGUGUGAGCUUUAAAUACUACUCUGUCGUGUCGAAGUUUAAACAGCAGUUGCUGUUGCUGUAAACAUGACAAUUGACUCAGAAAAAGGCUUAUUUCCAAUCGUAGUGCUAUAUUGUUUGUGAAAUUUAGCAAACUUCUAGGCACAUUCAUCACUCCACGGUCCGCAGUAUAGAGACGCUCAUCUUGCCUCUGACAAGAUGGCAUCGAGUCAAAUUAUUAUUAGUAUUUCACGCAUACAAUAAACUUUUCUUUUUAAUUUUUUCGUAACAUCUCUCAAUCGUGCUGAGAUGUUGUGCUCUUUUUGGAUGCAUUUUACUUCCAAGUAACUGAACAUUGUCCGUUAACAGCUAGCACGUAUUCGCAACUAGAUUAGACUACUUACUACAAGAAGACAAAAUGAUUCAGUAUCCUCACUGAUAUAUGAACACCACCCGGCAUGUAUCUAAUAUGCACUUUGUGAGAGAACUUGCGUAUUCUCAAAAUUCCAAGUUUUAGUACGCAUCAAACAAGGUGCUAUAAAAUGCAAAUGAGAAUUAAAAAAUCCAAUCCUCCAUGGGAAAAGCGGAUGGUGGCUACACAUUUUAUCACAAUACCACGCGAACCUUACACAGGCCAUUAGGCACAAGGAAAACCAUAGUUUUGCAAUAUUCGUACCUAUCCUAAAGACAUUGUGCAUGCUAUGUUUGACGAUUUUAGAACUUUUCCGUUUAUUUUUAUGUUUUUAGAGUUUUCGUACGCUAGGCAUUAUGGGUAAAUGUCCCAGUCGCCAUCUUUUUUCCUACGCAGGAUUUUCUAGCAGUAAUCGAUUGCAAGGGAGGCUAUCUCCUCUUAAUGAAUUUACGGAUGCAACCAAUAGACGUUAUCUUACUAUAACUUGUAUGCAUUAAACAUGGCCCACACUUUUGCGCGGAGAACAAAAAUGAAUUUAUGUUAAGCGGUUCAUGCUGGUAGUUGCUUUCUGUUCUGGAACAAGAGGUUAACUUCUUAUAUUUAAUAUAACAUAAGUGUUUUUGUCCAAAGCUAAACUCGUUCUUACUUUUGUGAAGCAUCCAAGUCUUUACACUUUCAUGAACUGUUAAAUUAUUAGUUUUUAAAAUCAGUUGAUAUUGCUAUAAGGGAUUAAUUUCCCAUAGAAAUUCAAACUGUGACAUCUGUACCACUGUCAGGUGAUGAGAAAGUUGGUUCCAAGUGAUUAAAAUAGUACAGGUAUUUUUCAUUGCACAGAAAAUACUGAAAUAAAUAAAGUUUUUACCAAAAUGUUGA